AUGCAGCUUCAGUUCCGGAGCUGGAUGCUGGCUGCGCUCACGCUGCUCGUGGUCUUCCUCAUCUUCGCAGACAUCUCGGAGAUCGAAGAAGAAAUCGGGGAUUCUGGAGGCAGAGGUACAAUCAGAUCAGCUGUGAACAGCUUACAUAGCAAAUCUAAUAGGAAGCAAAUCUUAAAGUUCUUGGAUGCUGAAAAGGACAUCUCUGUCCUCAAGGGGACCCUGAAGCCCGGAGACAUUAUUCAUUACAUCUUUGACCGCGACAGCACCAUGAACGUGUCCCAGAACCUCUACGAUCUCCUCCCCAGAACCUCACCCCUGAAGAACAAGCACUUCCGGACUUGUGCCAUCGUGGGGAACUCCGGGGUCUUGCUGAACAGUGGCUGCGGGCAGGAGAUUGACACACACAGCUUUGUCAUAAGGUGCAACCUGGCACCCGUGCAGGAGUAUGGCCGGGAUGUGGGGCUCAAGACCGACCUGGUGACCAUGAACCCCUCUGUCAUCCAACGGGCCUUUGAGGACUUGGUCAACGCCACCUGGCGGGAGAAGCUGCUACAGCGGCUGCGCAGUCUCAAUGGCAGCAUCCUGUGGAUUCCCGCCUUCAUGGCCAGGGGUGGCAAGGAGCGUGUUGAGUGGGUCAACGAGCUCAUCUUGAAGCACCACGUCAACGUGCGUACUGCAUACCCCUCUCUGCGCCUGCUGCACGCCGUCCGCGGAUACUGGCUGACCAACAAAGUUCACAUCAAAAGACCCACCACUGGUCUCUUGAUGUAUACCCUGGCCACACGCUUCUGUAACCAGAUCUACCUCUACGGCUUCUGGCCCUUUCCACUAGAUCAGAACCAGAACCCGGUCAAAUACCACUAUUACGACAGCCUCAAGUAUGGCUACACCUCCCAGGCCAGCCCCCACACCAUGCCCUUGGAGUUCAAGGCCCUCAAGAGCCUGCAUGAGCAGGGGGCUUUGAAACUGACUGUUGGCCAGUGCGACGGGGCUACGUAA